CGCGUAUCGGUGCGCGCGCGCAUAAGUUGAUUAACGCGGGGAAAACUGAUUUAUUGUGUCCCGUUGAAAAAAUAAUCGCGCGAGGAAAUGUGAUGGAGGGCCAGGAGUGGCGCGCGGACUGGCAGCAGCAGAGGAUUGACGGCAUCGUCUCAACCAGCCAGUGUCCCCGGGGGUUUGCGCAGAGCGGCCGAGGCAGGGAGCACGAGCAGCCGGUGUUGCCGCCUCUGCACCACCCUAUCAGAGAUGGGACCCUAUGCGCGCGCAGCACGUACUCGCCGCUACAAGCGCUCAGCGAGAGCACGUGCCGGGACCACGGCGCGCAGCCGGCGCCCCCGCCGCAGCCUCCCAGGGUCCAGGUUGGAACUGUUCAUAUUCUACCUUCCCAGGGGACCUUAUGCGCGCGUAGUACGUACUCGCCGCUACAAGCGCUCAGCGAGAGCACGUGCCCGGCGCCCCCGCUGCAUCCUCCCAGGGUCCAGGGGACCUUAUGCGCGCGCAGCACGUACUCGCCGCUACAAGCUCUCAGUCAGAGCACGUGCCGGGACCACGGGUCCCUGUGCGCGCGCAGCAAGUAUUCGCCGCUACAAGCGCUCAGCGAGAGCACGUGCCGGGACCACGGCGCGCAGCCGGCGCCCCCGCCGCAGCCUCCCAGGGUCCAGUUUUCUCUGCAGGUGUCCUCGCAGAAUGUCACGCUGCACUCUGCAGUUGCAAGAUGCACCGCGAGCCUGGAGCUAGCAGCGCUCUGGCGUAGCUUCCACGAGCUCGGAACUGAAAUGAUCGUCACCAAGGCUGGGAGGAGGAUGUUCCCAGCACUGCAAGCUAGAUUGGGAGGGCUACUGCCGAAUGCUGAUUACUUGUUGCUGGUCGAUUUUGUGCCGCUCGACGAUAAGCGGUAUCGAUAUGCUUUUCACAGCUCAAGCUGGGUAGUAGCGGGUAAAGCAGACCCGGUAUCCCCGCCACGGAUCCACGUGCACCCGGACUCGCCUGCGCCCGGCGCCCACUGGAUGAGGCAGCUCGUCUCCUUCGACAAGCUCAAGCUCACCAACAACCAGCUGGACGAUAAUGGACACAUAAUCCUGAACUCCAUGCACCGCUACCAGCCUCGUUUGCACGUGGUGUACCUCCCGGCAGAAGGGCAGAACGCGGCGCCGGGCGUGGUGCCCUUCAGGACCUUCGUCUUCCCAGAGACCGGCUUCACGGCCGUCACCGCUUAUCAGAACCAUAGGAUAACGCAACUAAAAAUAGCGAGCAAUCCGUUUGCAAAAGGGUUCAGAGACUGCGACCCCGAUGACUGUCCCCCCGACCAGACUCAACAGCGAGGCACUCCUAGACGCCGUGAGCCGUCAGCCCCAGAGCCCUGCCCUCAACUAAGUCAGCCGUACGCUGCGGAACCCAGCGCGUGCGGACCUUUGUACGCUACCCAUGCUCACCCAGUACGGUACCAACCUCACGCCGGUCACAACAGUGCUUACAGCGCGUACUAUGCCCACAGGUAGCCCACGCGUGGGGUCGCUAUGUGAUAGUUUUGAAUGAGAGGAAAGACAACAGAUGGAUGUGAAUGUAUAUUGUAGAGAAUGUAAAAAUAAGUAUUUAUGAUAAAAGAUGGGAAGAACAAUUAUUAUUAGAAUAGUACAGAAAUUGGGGUGCCAAAGAAAACAUACCAAAUGUAGAAAGUUAAAAAAGGAAAGUAUAGUAAGUAGAGUAAACUAAAUAGAUUUUCUAGAGUCAAAUAGGUUUGUAGUUUUAGUUUCCAAAUUUUAUUGUGAACAUACAAGAUAUUUUUAAAAUAACUUGAAUAAAUCGAAUUGCCUAAGGUGGGAAUCGAACCCACGACCUUUCGCUUGUCAGGCGACUGCUCUUCCAUCUGAGCUACUUAGACAUUUUGAUGAACCUGUCGAAGUUAUUUUAAAAAUAUUUAGAUCGAGAGGCGACUCUUAACGCCAGAAAAAAAUUAAUUACAACAAACAAAAUAUCUAAACAAUAGCCGGGGGAAAAAGUGGAUCACAUCAACUUAUGGCACAGUAUUUAUCUACUGUACUUAUGGGUUAGUAAAAUAUUUUUUGAAUCAAAUUGUAACAGGUGUUAAAUAAGAUGACCGCAAUGAGAAUUACCCGAAUCUUAAAAUGUUGUCAUACUGUAACUACAAGUAAGUAUUGAUGAAUCCUAAUUUAGUAGUAAUAUUAUUUGUUUCUUAUUUGAAGAUAAGUAAGCCUAAUUCAGAAGUUAUGCUGGUGACAGGCUUUAUUAAAUUAAUCUUUGAUUCGUGUUAAAGCACGGAAAUACAGAUUAUUACUUAUUAUCGAAGGCAAGAAAUAGCACUGUACUUAAGGUGAAAUAGAGUUUAAUAUAUUUCUAAGUUAUUUGUAAAUUAGUAAGGUAAUAGCUUAAGUUUUAAAACCAAAAAAAGAUGGAAACAGUGCCUUUUCUAUGUGAUACUGUUUACUUAGCUCUAGUUUAAACAGAUAUUUUAAUGUUACCAAAUAAAAAUAA